AUGGACAUGGCAGCACUUCCAAAUUACUUUGACAUGAAGGAUUCUCUCAAUCAAAACAACACGGAACCUCAAGAGUCCACCUUUGGUGAAGCAUUACAAACGGUGAAUGAUCGGGAGCAUUUUCAAUCUGAGGCUAGCACUCCCUCUCAACGCUCUAUUACUCUAGCAACCUCACCAUCAAGUCAUCGUUUCCAUUACAAUAUCAGCGGUUGUAUCCGCUCAUACAAGCGACAAUGCGAUCUGAGGCGUCAUCAGCGAGGGCAUUCUCCCGUCCGUGACUUUGAAUAUAAGUGCUCGCUCGCAAGCGCCCGCAAAUAG